AAUGAGUGCCAAUUGGGCAUGCACACCUGUGGGGAAAAUGCCACCUGUACAAAUACGGAGGGGAACUACACCUGCAUGUGUGCCGGCAGCCUGUCUGAACCUGGACAGAUAUGCGCUGACUCCACUCCAUCUUCUCAUCUCAUGGAGGAUGGCCGCCAUUCUGUGAGAACUAGUGACCACGAAUGCCCCUCAUCCUAUGAGGGCUACUGCCUCUAUAACGGUGUGUGUAUGUACAUCGAAGCAGUUGACAGAUACGCAUGCAACUGUGUCUUUGGCUACGUUGGGGAGCGAUGUCAGCACCGAGACUUGACGUGGGAACUGCGCCACGCUGGCCAGGGGAGGCAGCGGCAAAUCACCGUGGUGGCUGUCUGCGUGGUGGGGCUCGUCCUGCUGCUGCUGCUGCUGGGGCUGUGGGGCGCCCACUGCUACAGGACUAAGAAGCUGCCAUCGAAAACUUUAAAGAAUCCUUACGAAGAGUCGAGCAGAGAAGUUAGCAGUAGCAGGCCUACAGACAGCGAGGCCAGGACGGCCUCUUGUCCCCAGCCUUGGUUUGUGGUGAUAAAGGAACACCAAAAUCUCAGGAAUGGAAGUCAACCUACGGCUGUCAAGGACGGUGAGGCAGCAGAUGUUAGCCAGUCCUCCUCUCUGGAGCCAGGCUCAGUGCAACAGACGUCAUGGAGAAAUGAACCCCAGGUGUCUAUGCGCACAGAGCAAGGCUGCCACCCUCCACCAUCCAGUGAUAGAGGCUCUGGUCCCCAGGCAAUGGAGCAGAGCAUUCCUCUCCCCUCCUAGGGGGCACGGCCCAUUGCUUUGGGGAUAGAGAAGCCCCAUUCUCUCCUGUCAGGUAACCCUUAUUGCAACAAAGGGCCCCAGAUCCACCACACCAAAAGAAGCUGACUUGGUGAAAACUGGAAUUAAAAGGAAGGUCAAAAACUAUAAACUGUAUUGAUAGAUGGUAAUACUUCAUUUCAAAGAGUAAAGGGAAAAUGCAGAUUUUGGUGCCACAAUCUCCAGAACUAAUCACCCACUCAGGGUCCUGGAGACAAAUAGGGAGUCAUGCUUUUGUUUCUUCCUUCAAGCAGUUCCGUUGCAGAUUUUCAAGUAAGAGUAACUGGGAGAAUCACUAGGUAAGAAACCAAAGCACAGUAUUACUUUGUAAACUGUGUUUUCUUCAAUAGUCAGUACAGAUGGGUACUUUGUUCUCUGCAGCCCCAGAAGAAAUUGGAUUAACGCAGGCAACCACACUGGUUUGGUCAGUUGUAAGGUAAUUCCUUUUAUCUGGGCAGAACAUUUAGCUCAAUCUCAUAAAAUGAUUAGAAUAUUAAAAUUGAUACGAUACAUUGUGGGCAUUUAACCUAUCACUGGUGUGGUCCAUACUGGUAAUUUCACAGAAUGAAUUUUGAUAAAUUAAUCAAAAAUGUAUUAACUUAGAACCUGAUCUCUUCAGAAUUAGUUGGCUUGUUUUUUCUAUUUUAAAAUCUUUGAAUGAAAACAUUUUAUUUUAUAAAAAAUUACCCAAGAGACACCAGUGUUUCUCAAGCAUUACUAUCCUUUCCCCACAGAAUUUUGUAAAAUGAAAAUGGUAAAUUUUCCUUUCAUGUGUUGGCACCAAAUUUUUACUUAUUUUCAAAUAUGAGAUUGGAAGCAAAUUUCCAGAUUUAUUUUCAUUUUAAACAAUUGAUCUCUUCUAAUUAUUUAAAUAAAAUCACUAUAAAACAUAAACAUUUUCUUGUAUUCCUGGUUAAGUAAUAAAUUAUAGUUUAAGGGGUAAUAGAGUUGAACCAAAGUGUUUUGCCAAAGUGAAUGUCAAAUCUUCCUAUUGUUACACUUCUAAAAAUAAUUUUGAAAUCUGUUGUUGUAACUUUAUAAAGUAAAACUUCCUAAGGUGUUCUAAUUAAAUCUUAUUCUUGUAGCUAAGAUGUUGUUAUUACAAAUUAUACAAACUAAUACAGUAAGCAUAGACUUUGGAUUAUUCAGUUUAUAUAUAGCUAGUCCCUUCGCUUACAUUUUCUUGCAUUUUUCUUCAACUCCUUAGACCUUGGUCAGACCAGAAUUCAGCAUAAAAAGGAGUUGAAGCACAUAUCUUCAAGUAGGCACUUAGAAAUUUUGGUAAAGAUUUAGUGGUGAGGAGGAGAACCUAGAUAGUUAUUCAGUGUGACCCCUUUUCCAGAUUUAUAUAAAGACAGAUUUUCCUGUAUUCUGUAUAAAGUUUUGCUUUGACAGUCGGUACCCUGAAGUAUCAGAAGACCUAUGUUUUUCUUCUAAUAGUGAAAUGACUUCAGAAAACAAUACUCAGAAUAUUCCCACCUACGGGGAAAUUAUAUUCCGAAGUGUGAAUCCUUUUUCUCCUUCCCAAAGUGAGCAUUUCUAAAGCUUCCAGGGUGCAGAUUAUAUAAUUUUUAAAAAUUUUACUACCUCUUUCUUUUAGAAUUUCAGUGAUAACUAAAGAGAUUACAGGAGACCACAGUAGCUCAUAAUGUCACAUCAUCUUUGAACCAGAUAAUCCCUAUUGUCUUCAAGCCUUCCAAUGAAUCUGAUACCUCAUAAAUUGGGACCAUGUGAAAUCCCAAACCACGCUGUAACACUGGCUCCCUGGUCAGAUUAAAGAAGAAACGUACUUCGCGUUCUGUAAUCAACAAGUCACCAUGAAGAGAUAGCUUCCUUUCUUGUGGUUCCACGUUUCUACCAGAAAUAUCCUCCUUUAAAAAUUUAUUUUUAGGAAAGAGGAUUUUCCUUUGAGAUCUUUGAUUUGCAUUUUUUCCAGACUGAAUAUUUUUAUUUCCUAACUCUCACAGUCUUAUUGGGCACAAUGCCUGAUUAUGAUUCUAUUUGACUACAUGUUGCCUACUACAUAUAAAAUGAGCGUUCUGCCCUCUUCUGGCAUCUAAUGAAGGCUUAGGACACUGUAGUCUUUUAAAACCAGUUCCACAUAUUAACCUUGAUUUCCAGCUCAU